CCUGGUAAAAUGUAUCGCUAAACGUAAAUACACGAUUACGACAACACGCAAUAAUAAAAAGGCAAUAGCAGUCCUGAGCUAAUAACAAAACAAUGAGUGAAGCCGGCAUUGCCGUUGCUGUCGAUGCGCUGGCAGCGGAGAAGCAGCGAAAGUUUCGCAUCCAAGCCGCCGCUUUCAUGGGACUUGUGGGCGGCAUCUCAGCGCUCUUUGGAUUCUCGCGCACUCUGGCGACGGCCAAGAAGUCGGACAGCAAGGUGCUACAGCAGCAGGGCACGCGCCAGGGCCUCAUCCUCAUGGACGAGGGCUCCACACUAGCAUUACGUGCCCUCGGCUGGGGCACACUUUAUGCCGUCCUAGGCACCGGCGCCUUUUGCUAUGGCGUCUGGAAGCUGAGCGGCGCCAAAGACUUCGAGGAGUUUCGACUGAAAAUGGGCAACGCUUUGCCGCGCAUAACCAAAGAUGAACCGCCCAAAAGCCGCACGGACUUUGAUGGCCUCACGGAUCUGAUGAAGUACUUGGCCGCCUGGGCCAAGGAGUAGUCCACACAAUAGUUUAUAUAGCUUGUAUACGCCAGUUAGUUAGACCAUAGAAUAAAUGCCAAUCAUUUUCAUUAAUAUGCUAUUAAUUGAACAUUUAACGAACAGCCAAAUGAGUUAAUAUAUAUGUACAUAUGUAUUUAUUUUAAGAGGUUUCUUAAGGAAACUAUCUUCAAGGUUUCUUUACAAACCAUAGUAAACAUUACAAUCUCUGCCUUGCUUUCAAUAUUACUUAAUUCGCAGACAAAGCUGGCUAGCUAUAUACAACUAAAUUAAUGCAAGGAAACAUAAUAUAUUUAAUUUCAAUGAAACAUUUUUUUUGCUCAAUUGAAAUAGUUUUCGUGUUUUUGUAAAUAGUUCUUUUCUUGCUCUAAAAACCUAUUUUUUUAUGUCCCAAAAAUUUUUUUUUUUUUAUAAUUACAUAAAUAUGCCUUUCUGAACGGA